AUGCAAAAUACUUACUUUGUUAUUAUUGGAAGUAAUGAUAGAUUACUUUAUGAAUAUCCAAAAGAAAGUGCAAUGAAAUAUGCAUCAGAUAAUGAAUAUGUUUUAAAUCAAUUUGUUAUUCUUUCAGCAUUAGAUUUUAUUGAAGAAAAGAAAAAAACAACACCAAAAAUGUAUUUUAAAUCAAUUGAUGUUUAUGGAUCACACCAUUUAUCUGCAUUUGUUACAUCAGGAAAUAUUAAAUUUGUAUUAAUGUCAACAAGUAAAACUGAUGAUACAAAAGGAUUUUUUACAUCAGUUUAUGAAGAUUAUGUUAAAAUUAUUUUAAAUCCAUUUUAUGAAUUACAAACACCAAUAGAAUCAGAAGGACUUAAUACACAUAUUAAACAAUUAUUAAAACAAUACAAAUUAGAAUAA